AUGGAUACGCAACUUCCACUGGUAGAGGCGGCAGUGAAAGCUGGAGUGCGCAGACUUAUUCCAUCUGAGUUCAGUGCGAACAUUGGCAAUCCGAAAGCCGCUGCCUUACCAGUAUAUCACUCCAAGGUCAAAUUGUGCGACGUCCUUCGACAAACAACAGAAGGAAAUCCAAAUUUCACAUUCAGUUUGAUCCGCAAUGGACUCUUUUUGGGUUGGAAUCUUGCCACUGGUUUCUUUCUGAACCUGAAGGGAGGGGAAACACCUCUGUAUGACGGUGGAGACAGGCCUUUCGGCACAACUACCUUAUCCACGAUCGGAAAGGCCGUGGCCGAGGUUUUAUGUCACUUGGAGGAUACCAAAAAUCGGGCUGUUUUUGUCCAAGGUCUCGUGACAACCCAGAAAGAGAUUCUGAAAAUCGCUCAAGGGGUCAACCCAGAACGAACUUGGAUCCCCAAAAGUGUGAGUACGGCUGAAAUGGAGGCCAGCGCGCAUGGGAAUUAUGCGAAUGGAUUGUUUGAUCUUGUAUCCUCUUUGGGAUUUUUUCGCCGGCCGGUCUUCGCAGAAGGGUAUGGAGGGGAAUUCCAAGAGGUUGAUAAUGAGCUUCUUGGAAUACGGCAGAAGACGAACAAUAAUUUAGAGGCAUUGAUAAGAGGGGCUCCCGAAAGUGACUAG